CAUCAGCCACGGGGACACAAGCAGCUCGACUACGUGUCGUUUGAAUUCCGACGAACGCGUGGCCUCCCACUAAACGACGUGUCGUCUUCACAAUGACCGUAUCAAAAACUACUCAAUCGAUGACUAUAUAACUCUAACGGCAAAUAUCAAUCAGCAAAGCGAGAAAAUUCCGACAAAAAUCUAGACAGAAGAUCGUCAUAGAAACCAUAUCGCAUUAAGAGAGUUUCGGUGGAAAUUUCAAUGGCUUCGUCGAAGGAAAUGAAGAAGGAGAGAGCAGAGGUGGCGGCGAGGAUUGCUGCUUCCGAUCUGAGAGACAUUAACAGAGAAGAAGAGAAGCAGGCAGCGGCGGCGCCGUCGAAGAUAGAGAAAAAUGCAACUGUGGAGGUCGUAGAGGCGGACCGGCCGACGGUGCAGGACCAGCAACAGAGACCUGGCGUGAUUGGGUCAGUACUGAGGGCGGUGCACGACACAUACGAACAUGCUAAGGAAGCGGUGGUAGGAAAGAGCCAUGAAGCGGAGGAGCGAAGCCGAGAAGCGAAGGAUUGGUCGGCGGAGAAGGCAAGAGAGACAACGGAGGAGGCAAGGAGGAAAAUGGACGAGUACGGAAGUGCUGUUGGGGGAAAGGCGAGGGAGACGAAGGAAGCUGUCGGAGAGACAGCAGCGGCGAGAAAAGCAGAGGAAUACAAAAAUUACACGGCAGAGAAAACAGCGGAGGCUAAAGGAAAGGCCGGCGAGUAUAAGGACACUGCAGCAGAGAAGGCGAGGGAAGCGAAGGAUGCUGCAGCGGAGAAGGCGAGGGAAGCGAAAGAUGCAGCGGCGAGAAAAGCAGAGGAAUACAAAAAUUACACGGCAGAGAAAACAGGAGAGGCUAAAGGAAAGGCCGGCGAGUAUAAGAACACUGCAGCGGAGAAGGCGAGGGAAGCGAAGGAUGCUGCAGCGGAGAAGGCGAGGGAAGCGAAGGAAGCAGCGGAGAGAAAAGCAGAGGAAUACAAAAAUUACACGGCAGAGAAAACAGCGGAGGUUAAAGGGAAGGCCGGCGAGUAUAAGGACACUGCAGCGGAGAAGGCGAGGGAAGCGAUGGAUGCUGCAGCGGAGAAGGCGAGAGAAGCGAAGGAGGCGGCGGCGAGAAAAGCAGAGGAAUACAAAAAUUACACUGCGGAGAAGACGGCGGAGGCUACAGGUAAGGCCGGCGAGUAUAAGGACACUGCAGCGGAGAAGGCGAGGGAAACUAAGGAUGCAGCAGCGAGAAAAGCAGGGGAAUAUAAAGAUUACACAGCGGAGAAGACGGUGGAGGCUACAGAAGCCGCUAAAGGAAAGGCUGGUGAGUAUAAGGAUGCUGCAGCGGAGAAGGCGAGGGAAGCUAAGGAUGCUGCAGCAAGAAAAGCAGGGGAAUACAGAGAUUACACAGCUGAGAAGGCGAGGGGAGCAACGGAAGCGGUGAAGGAGAAGGCUGGUGAGUACAAGGAUUAUGCAGCGGAGAAGGCAAAUCAAGCGAAGGAAAAGGCGGCGGAGUAUAAAGAUUACACAGUGGAUAAGGCGAAGGAGACGAAGGAUGCGGCGGCAAGAAAAACAGUAGAGUAUAAAGACUAUGCAGAGGACAAAGCGAGGGAUACGACAGAUUACACGGCAGAGAAGGCGAAAGAAGGGAAGGACACGACAGUGAGCAAACUUGGGGAACUGAAAGAUUCAGCAGCGGAUGCUGCAAAGAGAGCAAUGGAAUACUUUACCGGAAAGAAAGAGGAAAUCAAGGAGGGAGCAUACGAAACAAAAGAUGUCGCUAAGGAAUGGCAGGAAAAGAUGGGCGGAUCAGAGGAGGAUACAAGAAGGAAAAUGGAGGAUUUAAGGCUGCAGGGGGAAGGAAGGAGGGGCAGCACAGAAGCAGCAAAAGUCACACUUGAACGUAAUAGAGGCCGUGGCGGGGAGGGAGCGGUGGUGGUAGAUUUGGAGGAGACACGACCGGGUGCGCUGGCCUCGACUUUGAAGAAGGCAGACGACAUGGCGGCACAGACGUUUAACGAUGUGGGUCGAAUUGACGACGAGGAGGGAGCUGUGCGCUCAAAGGAUCGUCAAGGGAAGAUGUGAAUCUGAUGCGAAAAUUUUAAAAGGGGGCAUUCUGUUUGUUGAUCAUAUGAUCUUUUUUUUUUGCUUUUUUUUUUUUUUUUAAUAAUGAUUUUCAUAUUUUAGAAGCGUAUAGUUCCUGCUUUCUUUUUUUGGACCUCCUUCGGUUCCUUUAUCUAAGAACUGUGUAACAAAAGAAAAAUGUUGAUGUUAAUGUUUAGUAGAUCCAAUUACUAUGGUGUUUGGUACA